AUGCCAACAUGUAUUGAGACAACUACUGCCAACUGGGAAUCAAUUAGUGAGCAAAAGAGGAACGAUAUCAUCUCUGCUAUACCAGAAGAUUGGAUUUUGAAAAAUAUCCCUUCUUCCGAGAAGGAACCCAACGCUAAGCUCUAUCUGGAUAAAGUUUUACCUGAAGCCGAACAAUCUAUUACUAGCUUAGAUACCAUCGAAUUGAGGGACAAAAUUGCCAAUGGUGAGCUGUCAUCAUAUGAAGUUUGUUUUGCAUUUUGUCAUAGGGCCGCCUUGGCCCAUCAAUUGGUCAAUUGUUGUAUUGAAAUCUUCUUUGAUAAAGCUCUCGAGAGGGCAAAGGAACUAGACGAAAUUUUGAAGGCUACUGGUAAGCCUGUUGGUCGUCUCCAUGGAGUUCCCAUCUCUUUAAAAGAUCAAGUGAAUCUUGAGGGUUUUGACUCUUCAAUUGGUUACGCUGCUUUGGUAGGGAAACCUAAACGUGCCGACGACGUCUCCUUGUUGGCUAAAAUUUUAUACAAUGAAGGUGCAGUUUUCUACGUCAAAACUGCUGUCCCCACUGCAAUGAUGUGUGUUGAAACCUACUCCAACAUUAAUGGAUACACCACCAAUUCAAACAAUAGAAACUUAUCUUCUGGAGGGUCUUCCGGUGGUGAAGGAUCACUGAUCGGCUGUCAAGGUUCUGUAUUAGGUAUUGGAACAGAUAUUGGUGGAAGUAUUAGAAUUCCCUCAGCCUUAAACGGAAUUUAUGGUCUGAGACCUUCUCAUGGAAGAAUUCCAUAUAUGAAGGUGUUCAAUUCAUAUCUGGGACAGGAAGUGAUGCCGUCAGUUAUUGGCCCCAUGUCUGUCAGCUUGAAGGGGCUCAAACUUUUCACACAGGUAGUGUUAGAUUCUAAACCUUGGUUGUGGGAUCCAAAAAGUAUGCCAAUUCCCUGGAGAUAUGAUCAAAUCACUGACCAAUAUUCCAACAAAAAGCUAUGCUUUGGAGUUUGGAAAUGGGAUAAGUUGGUCAUGCCCCAUCCUCCUGUUCUCAGAGCUGUCGAUGAAUGCGUAGCUGCCCUGAAAAAAGCUGGACACCAAGUAGUUGAGUGGGAUCCACCAUGUCGGAAGAGCUUAGUCGAUAUCGGACUUGAAGUUCUUUCUGCAGAUCGCUACAAAGAGAUUGAAGAGAAUUGUGCAAAAACGGGAGAGCCCUUAUUCGAAGCGCUCAGAAAUCUCUGUGUUGAUAGCGGAAGCAAACAACCAAUAGAGGUCAAUGCUUGGUGGGAUAUAUCUGAGCGCAAAUAUGCCCUCCAACAGACCUACAGCGAAUACUGGAAUAAUACGGUCAAUAGCACUGGAACAGGAAGACCAGUCGACGGUAUAAUCGCUCCAGUUUGGUGUUCAGCCUCUUAUGAGAACGAUAACUCCUACAAAACACCAUUUAAUUACACCGUGCCCUUUAACGUUCUGGACUUUCCAUCCGUAGUGGUUCCUGUGUUGAGGAGCGAUAAGUCUAUAGACUUAAAGGAUGAAUCAUAUGUUCCAGUGGAUGAGAUUGACAAUACAGUCCAGGAAUACUACGAUGCUGAAAAAUUUGAUAACAUGCCUGUAUCCGUUCAAGUUGUAGGCAGGCGAUGGGAAGAUGAAAAGGCACUUUUUAUGGCGGAAGUUCUGAGCGAAAGUUUGUCUUCAAAUCCUUGA